AGCAGGCACCAAGCGUCCCAUUCCCAGAGUGGACUUCUUAAGGCUUGUACCCAUAGAGUGAAGAGACAAACAGAGGAAGAAAAUGGGCUAUCUACCUUAUCUCUCUACGGAGACGUGGACCCUGUUGGUAGCCGUAAUCACACUGAUCGUUGUGUAUGCCUACUGGCCUUAUGGCGUCUUUAAAAGGAUUGGUGUCCCUGGUCCCAAACCAAUUCCAUUCCUCGGAACCAUGCUAGCAUACAAAAGAGGCUUUAACACAUUUGACAUGGAGUGCUUCAAUAAGUAUGGAAAGAUAUGGGGCAUCUACGACGGUAGACAGCCGGUGCUGUGCACCACAGAUGUCUCCCUCAUUAAGACGGUUCUCAUCAAGGAGUGCUACUCUCUGUUUACUAACCGCAGGAACCUCCGUGUGAACGGGCCUCUCUACGACUCGGUGUUUAACGCAGAGGACGACCAUUGGAGGAGGAUCCGGACUGUCCUCUCUCCCACCUUCACCUCUGGGAGACUGAAGGAGAUGUUCAUCCUCAUGAAGCAACACUCGGAAAACCUCGUCAGGAGCAUUACAAAAAGGGUGGACAACAAUGAAGAUGUGCUAGAGCUGAAGGAAUUCUUUGGAUCCUACAGUAUGGAUGUAGUGACCAGCACAUCCUUAAGCGUGGACAUAGACUCACUCAACAACCCUUCAGACCCCUUUGUCACCAACAUCAAAAAGAUGCUGAAGUUUGACCUUUUCAAACCAAUCUUCCUUCUUGUUGCUUUCUUCCCCUUCUUGGGGCCCAUCAUUGAGAAGAUGGAAUUCUCCUUCUUCCCAUCAUAUGUCACUGACUUCUUCUAUGCCUCACUGCAGAAGAUCAAAGCCAACCGCGAGGCUAGCCAAAACAAGAGUGGUCGAGUGGAUUUCCUCCAGUACAUGAUGGACUCACAGAAGAAAGACGAAGAAUCCAAUGGAAAUGAGGCCAUGAAAGGUCUGACAGACCAUGAGGUGCUCUCCCAGGCCAUGAUAUUUAUCUUUGCUGGCUAUGAGACCUCUAGCAGUUCCCUGGUUUUCUUGGCGUACAACCUUGCCUUGAACCCGGAGGUUAUGACCAAGCUGCAGCAAGAGAUAGACUCCACCUUCCCCAACAAGGGUGCUGUGGACUACCAGGCUCUAAACCAAAUGGAAUACCUUGACAGCGUUAUCAACGAGUCUCUCAGACUUUACCCCCUUGCCUUGCGUCUCGAGCGUGUCGCCAAGGCAACCGUAGAGAUCAACGGUUUGGUCAUUCCUAAAGGAACUGUUGUCAUGGUACCCUUGUGGGUCAUGCACCGGGACCCUGACUUGUGGCCGAAUCCAGAGGAGUUCAAACCAGAAAGGUUCAGCAAGGAGAACAAGGAUACGAUUGACCCGUACACAUACAUGCCCUUCGGGGCCGGCCCCAGGAACUGUAUCGGCAUGCGUUUUGCUCUGGUGAUGAUGAAACUCGCCAUUGUGGAGAUCCUGCAGAAGUUCAGCUUCGCUGUGUGCGACCAAACAGAGAUCCCCCUUGAAAUGGACGUCAUGGGCCUGCUGGCGCCCAAACGGCCGCUUCGAUUGCAGCUCGUGCCCCGUUCUGACCACUGAGCCAGUGACAACCUACCAGCCACUGACAAAUGAGGCAUGCCUGCACUUUUCUUGUGUCUAUGUUUUUUAUAACAAACCAUCCAUCUAAUUCUGAAUGCACUUACGAAAACACACAAAAUGGAUAUAUGAACGCUGUAUUUGAAUCAUGUUUAGAUUCAAAUACAUGUCUCUAAAUCUGUUGAGGUUACCCUUAUUCACUAUCAAUAUUAACUACAAAUAUAACCAAAACAAAUACGUCAUAUACAUAUAAAUAUGUAUAUGUAUUUAUUUUUUUAAAAAGGCAAUCAAAAAUAAAUCCAACACACAGUCCCACAAAACCCAGACCAAGAAUAAAUCAGAAUAAUUGUUGAUAAUAUUUUGAUAUAAACUUUGGGAAGUAUGUGGUCAUAUCAUAUGUAGUCAGUGUAACACAUAGUCAUACAAUUCAAUGUUUGAAUUCAAAAUCACACAUUACCAGGCCUAUAUAAUCGGGGAGAAAAGCUAAGAAAUUGUAUGAUUGAUAGCCCUAUCCUUCCGGUUCGUUCUAUCCAUGCCCGAUCUCUAUUUUAAACUUAAAAUGUAUCUCAAUAAAAAUACAAUGUUCAAUGAUAA